GGGACGGCAGCCGGCCACCUCUGCUCGCCUCGCCCCGUCACAUCGGGGUGUUCAGCAGGGUUCAGGAGACUUCACGGCCAAGUCACAGCAGCCUGAAAGUGCUGGGGAUGAAGCUGGGGGUCGCCUGCCUCCUGUGGCUGCUGCUCGUCUGCCUGACCCCACUCGCCACCCACGGCCGCGUCCUUGAGCGCUCCAUGGAAAUCAGGAGUAAGGAGAACAUGAACCCGGACAUCGACCCCUCGUGGUACACGGGCCGCGGGAUCCGGCCGGUGGGGCGCUUCGGGAGGCGACGAGCCCUGGGCGGGGGCAGCCAGCCCGGCGGGCCCGGGCAGCGAGGCUGUGCAGCCCCCCGCCCUCCCCGGCUGGGGCUGAACCCCUGAGCUGGA